AUGGUGAAACGUGUGGCCGAAGAACAGCUUGCAAAAGAUACAGCUUCGGAUGAAGUCGAGGUAAUCGAAGCCCCAUCUAUAGCAUCUGAAGAUGUGCUAGCUCAAAGAAAAAUCUUGAAACCCCGUGGAAGAAACUUUCAAUUUCAAAAAUCAUCAAAUAGUAUGCAUGCAACCAAGACUGCCAAAGUUUUGGCAUUAAAUCAACAGUUCAAGCAAUCUGUUCAGGAAGCGGUCGAUGUGGAUGCUUUGGACCUAACGCCUAUCGCAUUGAAGUAUGUGGAAUAUUACAAAAGUCUUGCGAUGCAAAAUAGUCUCACGUCAGAUCGUGGUCAACCGCUGUCAGACACGGAUAACUCAAUUCCAAAGCUUCCACAAAAAGCAUCGACUGCAGCAUUAUUCCAAAAUUCAAAAUUCAAGCUCCAUGAUAAUGUUACCCAUCAUGUUUCCAACGGUACGGGUCCAUCAUUUACCUUCAAUAAGACGAUCAGUGAUCCUAUAUUCAAACUAGACAGUCACAAUAAACCUCCAACGACAUCGGAAGGGCCGUCGCAAACCCUUCAGUCGAGUGGUAUGGUACUUAAUUCCUCGACCUCACAAAAAGCAAUUGAUGAUGACUCUUGUGAAGAGCCCUCAGGAGGUAAUAGUCCAGUUUUUGAGCCUGUAACGAAAAUGACACAGAAGGUUGACAGCGUUAUUACGGGUGAGGAAGAAGAAUCACUGUUGUUCGCCUGUAAAAGCAAGGUCUUUCUUCUCAACACCCACAAUAAGCAAGAACCUUAUACCAACGUUGGUGUUGGUGAAUUAAAAGUGCUUCAAUCAGAGAAGAGGUGUCGUGUUUUAGUACGCUCUGAGGGCAGUUCGAGAGUUAUUCUAAACGCUCUUUUGUUAUCUGAAGUUAAUUACGUGACUACUGGAACAAACAUCAAAAUACCAUCAGCGAACCCGGAUGGUAGCUUCCUGAUAUAUUUGGUGAGAGUCAAGACAACCUCCCUCGCUGAAGAAGUCUGUCAACUCCUCAAUCAAAAGAAAUAG